AGGUGAUCGCUGUUGGGCGAUUCAGAAGACGAGUGAGACGAAGACGGGGCCCUUAGGGACUGGAGACCACAAGCGAGCAUGGCAGAAGAGUUCACAAACUUUAAACUGAAGAUUGGGAGCACAAUACGGAAGACGGGAAAGAGAGACGCAGGCGCAGAGCAGUACGAGACGCUCCUCUUCACCUUCAGGCCGGACUCGAUCAAAGAUCAGUCCGGCGUGCUCUGGAGAGGGUCUGCAAACCCCAGCGACAAGAAGAAGGAAGGCAACAAGGUAUACGUCAGCUUCGAGAACCAGGACGUAGCAGCGGAUGGCAAGACAAGCAGCGGGCACUACUUCGAGGGGAACAUGGUAGCAGCCAAGGACGACUGCAUCCUCAUCGUUGACGAGAGCACCGGCGAAGCUGUUCUCGAGAAAAUCUCUGGGAGCACAAGGUUGACCAAGUUGUCCAAGGUCUCACUUCCAACGAGCAAGCCUGCUCCUCUCCCCGACUCCCUCAAGAGGAUGUUCUCACAUGUGGACCAGUCGGAGCCAGCGGAUGAAAGACCAUCCAAGGCUCCGUACCAGCAGUACUACAAUCAGAACAAUGAUGAAGCAUCGUCCUCUGACUCGUCCUCUGAUUCAUCUGACGACGACGACGACGAGCCUGAGACGGCGCCUCGUCAAGGUGGAGGCAAGGGGUUGAUGGGAUCUGGUGGAGGGAAAGGAACGAUGUCGGGAGGGAAAGGAACAAUGUCAGGAGGAAAAGGGUUGAUGAAGCCUCCCGAACCUCAGUCAUCCGAGUCGAACUCCGACAGCGAUUCAGAUUCGGAUGAAGAUUCAGACCCGGAAUGA